AUGUCGACUAACGAGCAACGCCCAGAUAAUAAAGAACGUGUUGGAUAUUCGACUUCAUUGUCGACCGAGACGACAAGCACUUCGUCUUCUGUAAUGGGAGAGCUGCCGCCUUCUAGAGCCGCAUCUCGAUCAAUUCCACCGUCGCCAUACGGUAACAUGUCGGUCCUUACUUUACAACAACACAACCCUCAACACUAUGGUCGGCAAACUUCCCCACAUGGCUUGUGGAAUUUCCAGCAAGAGAGUAAUUACCAUCAUGAAACAACGCAACCUCGGCUUCCAACCAUUGCAACCGCUAUUGGUCUUGAAUACUUGAACCCCCGACCUGAACCGAGACCGGAUGUCAGAACAACCUAUUCUCCUGUAGUAGAGAAUCAACCUUAUCCGGCAUAUAUACCUUCUCCAAACACACGCAAACGAGCCAGACCUUAUUGCGACCAAGAGAUCGAAGCGGCAACCCCACGAACCUACCACGCACCGAGCCACGCAUCCCCUCGUCCACAAAGUGGCAGGACAACGCCAAUCACCGGUCCAUACGACACAUUCAACCACGGAAACUGGGAUAGAAAUGGUCGGGAGAAAUCCAAGGUCAACUUCAGCCCUGUCCGUACCCUCGAACCUGAGAAACGUACUCUCCCAGCUCUACCCGGACUCAAACCACAUACAAGGGCCGAAAGCUUGCAGCCUACUCGAAUGUAUGAUUAUAAUUACGAACCCGUAAGGGAGACACGCACCUACCCACAGAUGCUUACCGCUCCUUUGGAUCCACCACCUGUUCACAAUCAGUAUACUGUCCCUACGGUUCACCAAAGAUCUGCAUCCUUUGCAUAUCAUCCGCAACAAGCAAAUCAGUACUACAGUCCCAUACAACAUCAUUCGGUUCCUUAUGCUCCUUCUCAAGAGCGCACGCCAUUUUCGAGCAAUCCCCAACACUUAAAUACAUACUCCAACGGCCAUAGUUACGGAGCGAAUGAGCCUCCCAAUGAGACAGCGCCAAGGAGAAGACGAGGAAACUUACCCAAAGAGGUCACGGAGAUCUUGCGAGAAUGGUUCCACAGUCACUUGCAUCGCCCAUACCCAACAGAGGAGGAGAAGCUUGAACUUAUGGCCCGCACUGGAUUGCAAAUAAACCAAGUUUCCAACUGGUACAUCAAUGCUCGUCGCCGUCAAUUGCCUGGCUUGAUCAGUGAUGCCAAUGCUGAAAGAGCGCGAAUGGCUGCACAGUCCAAUGUCGUUUACGGCAGAACGGACAGCAUCAGCGACGUCUGCUCGUCUGAGGGUGAAUUUGAACCCGAUUUCAAAAGACCUCGACGAGUGUCACGUUAA